AUGUCAGGUACAGAGCAAAACAUAGUGAACUCAAUGCAGCAAUUAUCCGUGCAACCCAAUAACAGUGGUCCUACUGAGAAACCCACUCAAGUUGUUACACCUGCUGUUAAUAGGAGUCAGCAGCCAUCAGCAGCAAAAGUGACUCCUGUAAAGGCUAAUACAGUCUCACCUGCUAUUGCUACAAUAGACAGACUUCUCAGCCUAGGAGCUAACAUUCCACCACCUCCACCACCUGUUAUCACAAGGUCGUCAGACAUGGAUCCUCAUACUAUGGAACAGUUAAGGGCUGUCAAAGAGCUUCUUACAGCUCAAGAAGAGGAAGCUCAGAGCCUUAGAGAUAUUAAUCAUGAAUUACGAGAAAGAUUGGAAGAAUGUGAAACGAAAAUAAAAAAAUUGACUGAGCAAAAUGAAGAAUAUGGCGAGAAGGAGAAGGCACUUUCACAACGAGUCGCAGAAAAAGUACGAAAUAAUAAACAAAUGAGUGUUGUAAUGGAGGAAUAUGAACGCACUAUCUCUUCUCUUAUUGGAGAACGUGAGGCAGAAUCUAAACGGUGGAUUGAAGAACGAUCUGAUCUUGUAAGAGAACGUGAUGAUGCUGCAGCUCACUUAGCUUCUAUGGAGCAUGCGUUUAAUGAUGUUCAUACAAAAUAUGAACGGUGUAAAGUUAUUAUUCAGGGAUACAAAUGUAAUGAAGAAACUUUGAAGAAAACAGUAGAGGACAACAAUGAUGCCAUCCAAAAACUAGAAGCGAGAUAUGAAACAUUGCGGCAGCAUGCGAUGCAGCAGCUUAACAAAGCCAAUGCAGAGUUAGACUCUGUUAAGAAAGCGCAUCAGACAGAAGUUCUUAAAUUAAAUGCCAUGCUUAAGAAGAGUGAAGUACAUGUAUCUUCUCUGCAAGAAUCAUUGGCACAGAAAAUUAAAGAUAACGAGGAGCUCACCGCUAUUUGUGAUGAGUUGAUUAAUAAGGUUGGUUAA